AUGGCCCUGUCUUCCCAGGGUUCCCUGCGUUCGCGGCUGUCUAGGUCUUGCCUCCCUGGAGCCACCGCCCUCCUCCUGCAGCCGCUCCCCCUGCUCCUCCUCUUCUUGCUGCUGCUCCUCCUCCUUUUCUCCUCCUCUCUCCUCCUCUUCUCCUCUCCCCAGUGCCACUGAGUGAGGAUCCGCUGCCGCAGCCUUUACGGUCCCGGGAACCAUGGCUUCUGGAGUAACUGUGAAUGAUGAAGUAAUCAAAGUUUUUAAUGACAUGAAAGUAAGGAAAUCUUCUACACAAGAGGAGAUCAAAAAAAGAAAGAAAGCAGUUCUCUUCUGUUUAAGUGAUGACAAAAAACAAAUAAUUGUAGAGGAAGCAAAGCAGAUCUUGGUGGGUGACAUUGGUGAUACAGUAGAGGACCCCUACACAUCUUUUGUGAAGUUACUACCUCUGAAUGAUUGCCGAUAUGCUUUGUAUGAUGCCACAUACGAGACAAAAGAGUCUAAGAAAGAAGACCUAGUAUUUAUAUUCUGGGCUCCUGAAUGUGCACCUUUAAAAAGCAAGAUGAUUUAUGCUAGUUCUAAAGAUGCCAUUAAAAAGAAAUUUACAGGUAUUAAACACGAGUGGCAAGUAAAUGGCUUGGAUGAUAUUAAGGAUCGUUCAACGCUUGGAGAGAAAUUGGGAGGCAAUGUAGUAGUUUCACUUGAAGGAAGACCUUUAUAAAAUGACAGUGAAGUGCCAUCCGGAAAUAGCUUCCAUUCUGCAGCUCCAUCAUUUGGAAUAGUUUUAGGUUUUUGCCCCCUAUCAGACCUUCCCAGAAAACAUAAAGAAGAUGUCAUUAAUUUAAGCAACCUACCAGUGAUUGCCAUUAGAUUGUUUCAUCCUGGUAGUUUUACGUAGAAUCCAAGGAAUGCCUUCACAUCACAUUUUAGCCAAAACAAAUUGGCAUUAUAUGCAUCCCUUGCAGAACUACGGUGAAAAUGAUAGUCAGUAUGAAUAGCUUAGAAACUGCAACGGGUUAGCUAAUUGAAUGCCUUGAAAGUAUGAUCCACUGGUCAGAUGCUAAACUUCAUUUCAGUAUUACUUAGAGUUGCACUUGAUUGCAGUUCCUGAAGUUCUUGUGCUUUGUACACCUAACCUGCCUUUAACACGCCUAUUGUGACACGGCAGCAUAUAUAUGCAUAUAUAUAUACACAUACAUAUAUGUAUAUAUGUGUAUAUGUGUAACUAUGCAUUGAAAGCACUUUUAUAAGUUUGUUCCCCUCAAAAAGGAAUGCCAAUUAAGUUGUCAUAACUGUCAUCAAAUUAUUGUAGUACCUCAGUGUUCAUUCCUGUUAUCUACAUAUCUUCCUAAAUGAAGUAGUUAAUGCCUUUUUAUUUUCCAUUGAAUGUACACUACAGAACAGGAGUAGGAGUUAAAGUGUUUACCAUGUGAGUCUUGCAACACUAAAGAUAUUUUGAAUAAUGUAGUUAUAAUGGCAAUUUCUGUAUGAAAAGAGCCUUAAAUGGAACAUUGUUUUUGAGAUCAAACUCCCCACCCCCACAAACUUGGCCACGUUGCAAUAAAACUUGUGGCUUAUUACA